AUGAAGCUAUCACAGACAAGCUUAUAAAACGGGCCGUGCAACACAUAUUUAACGCAAUUGCGUGUCAUCAUGAGGCUUAACAAAUACAAGGAUCCAUUGCCGCUGCUCGUUCACUCGCCCAAUUGCCGCCGGUACAGAUCCUGGCAGCUGCUGCUCGGCCUGCUGCUUCUGUGGCCAGAACUCUGCGGAGGUGUGAAUAUGCAGCAGUUUAUACAAUCUCUGGACAUGAUGCGCAACGGAUGCAUGGUAAAAUUUAAGGUGCCAAUAGAGAUACUGAAUCGCAUACGCGAUGGCGAUUUUGACAUGGAGCCCAAUCAAGAUUUGCUGUGCUAUACGAAAUGCGUGGCACAGCUGGCGGGAGUUUUGACCAAAAAGGGUGAAUUUAGUGUGUCCAAGGCCUUUGCUCAGGUACCCAUCAUUCUGCCACCUGAGCUGCAGACGCCAGCAAAAAAUGCUCUCACCCAUUGCAAGGAAGCACAGAAUGCCCACAAGGACACAUGCGCGAAGGUCUUCUACAUAAGCAAGUGCAUGGCGGACUUUGAUCGUGCACACUUUAAGUUUCCAUAGCAAUAAAAGAGGUAACAUUUUCAGAAUAUUGGGCAUUCUACUUACUCUGUCGCUUCUCCUUGCCCUGUGGAAGAAGAAAGUGCGUGUUUGCAAUGCAUUAAACGUUCGAUUUAACGGAAAAUAAAU